UACCCACCGAUCUUAUCCUAUCCGGAUCGGCAUCGGUAGAUACCGGCCCCUAAAUCCUUGCUUGCGAGUCUGAAACCAAACUUCCAAUAAAGCUUCAAGCUUCCAAAGCACCUGGGAAAGGACUACUCGGUUUUGAAAAGAAGAUAGAUACAAGAAUUCGAAGAAACCAAGAAACUCACAAGGAUUUGGCAAUUUUUUCCGACCUCUGUACCUAUUUAAGUUCAUCGUUGUUCUGCAACAUGAUGAAGCAACUACGCACACUCAUCUUCUCUAGGAUUACUGGGUUGCUCCUCCUAUUUUUGAUCUUGAAUUUAAGAUCCACCAUGUCCCAAGAAGUUGAGGAUGAGAGAGAAUUUGAUUAUAUGGAAGGGAGUAGUAAAGGACCAGAGCACUGGGGAGAAAUUCAUGAAGAAUGGAAAGCUUGUAAUAAUGGAAAUAUGCAAUCUCCCAUCGACUUGUUGCAUCAAAGGGUGGAAGUGGUGUCGGAAUUGGGGAAGCUCAAAAGAGAUUACAAGACUGCCAAUGCAACUCUCAUGAAUAGGGGCCACGAUAUAAUGCUUGAAUGGGAAGGUGAUGCUGGGUCAAUUGACAUCAAUGGUACUGAUUAUAAGCUCCGGCAGUGCCACUGGCACUCUCCUUCCGAGCACACCAUUAAUGGCACGAGGUUUGCCGCAGAGCUGCAUAUGGUUCAUGAAAGCUCAAAUCUCAGGUUCGCGGUGAUUGGAGUCCUUUACAAGAUUGGGCGACCUGAUCCCUUUCUCUCUGAGUUGGAGGAAGAAAUAAAUGUUCUAGCUGAUACCCAAAACGAGAUUACGAUUGGGAUGGUUAAUCCAAAGCACAUAAAGUUGGGUGGAAGGAAGUAUUACAGAUAUGUGGGUUCUCUCACUACUCCUCCUUGCACAGAAGGUGUCAAUUGGACUAUUAUUAAAAGGGUAAGGACCAUUUCUGCAGCGCAAGUGAAGCUAUUACGGAGGGCGGUUCAUGACUCUGCAGAAUCGAAUGCUAGACCAUUACAACCACUGAAUGAUCGAGUGAUUGAGCUCUAUGAACCCAAGACUUCUCCAGAAAAUCAGAAAUCACCAAAGCAUGAAUGACUUGAUUCUUUUGAUCUCUUCUGAAUUGCCAUGUAUUCUAUAAUGGAGUUUGGAGAGCUCAAUGCAGUAGGAGUCUUCAUUCAUUUUACAGACAAUAAAAGGGAAGCUUUCCCUGUUUUUUUAAUAUGAUUGUCGGGCACUUCUUCUUCUUCUAUGGAAAUAGCAUUUAUAUAGGGAGUUAGAACAUUAAUGGAGUGAAAAUAUUGGGGAGUUCUGUUUACGAUCUCUCUCUCUCUUAGAACAUUAAUGGAGUGAAAAUAUUGGGGAGUUCUGUUUAUCA